AAGGUCAUUUUGCAAUUCUAAAACUCAUUGUUUUUUGGCGUAAUAUAAAAGUUCAAAAAAAUGUGCCUCUUGUUUGGCUCUUAGGUUCCACCGCCCGAAGCCCCUAACCGCACCGCGACCGCAGCUGUUCUCCGCCGGUAGCUUUUCACGGCACUAAAGAGAAAAUUGGACCGUAAAUCACAAGAGUAGCCCCAAAAGAUGGCAGUGUAUUUCACAAAUCAUUUCUUUCUCCCUUCAUAAGGAGUUUUCAUCACAGUACGAAGGGAAGAGUAAAAGUAAUAAAAGAAAAAUUAAAAAAAAAGAAGAAAAAGAAGAGAGGUUAACUAUUGAAGAAAACAAUAACUGACGAGUCCCAACUCACAAUAUUUUCAAGAACCAUUUUCGUCAUUGUGGCCGCCACUUGUAGAUCAUGCAAAUUCGAACAAGUUUAAGUUACUAAACAUAAUUAUGGAUGUUUACCUGCAAAUAUCUUUUAGUUGACUUGAUAGUGUACAAAAAUCCUGUCUUACGUUCCCGGUGAGCUCCCCAAACCCUCUAUAUACUUGGAUACUUUAUAUCUAUGAAGCCACAAAGAGAAGAUUCAGAAAAGCAGAGUGUUACUGGUUUGUCUGAGAGCUUUUGAGUUUCUUUUCAAGCAAUGGCCUCCAAGGACAAGCUUAAAGAAAAUGAGGCAGUCACAAAACCAUCAGAAAUUGACAAGGUCGAAAAAUCCACCAACCAAGUGGGUGAAAGUUCUGUUGUCUUGCCGCGUGUUGUACGUAUUUACAUGCCGGACAGUGAUGCCACGGACUCGUCUAGUGACGAGAAGGAAAGACCUCAAGGAGAGAAGUCCAAGAGACAUGAAAAGACGUGUAUAAAGGAAAUCAUCAUUGAGAAUGGAAAGACCAGGGUCAUUUCAAAGAAGAUGUCCAAAGAGAAGAAAGAUAUAAAGCUGCUCCAAGAAAAUGUGAAGAAGCACAAGGGAGUUAGACAACGAAGAUGGGGCAAAUGGGCAGCAGAGAUCCGAGACACGAGAAACAAAACUCGGCUUUGGUUGGGCACUUUUGACACUGCUGAAGAAGCUGCUUUGGCUUAUGACAAGGCAGCCAUUGAAAUAAGAGCAUUGGCCUCCAAGGAAGGGCUUCAGGAAAAAGGAGUUGUCAAAAAAACCAGCAAUCAAGUGGGUCAAAUUUCCAGUAUCUUGCCACGUCUUGUACGUAUUGACGUGCCGGACCAUGACACAACGGACUCAUCUAGUGACGAGGAAGAGAAGGUUGAAGAAAAGUCCGAGGGACAAAAAAGGACGUCUGUAAAGAAAAUUAUCUGUGAGAAUGGAAAGACCAAGGUCAUUUCAAAAAAGAUGUCUAAAGAAGAGAAGGAUUUAAAUCUGAUGCAAGAAAAUGUGAAUAAGUACAGAGGAGUUAGACGGAGAAAAUGGGGCAAGUGGGCAGCAGAGAUUCGAGAUACAAGAAAGAAAACUCGACUUUGGUUGGGAACUUUUGACACUGCUUUAGAAGCUGCUUUGGCUUAUGAUAAGGCAGCCAUUGAAAUAAGAGGUGCUAAUGCUAUGACAAACAUUCUCAAGCCACCUCCAAAGAAAUUCAACCCCAUCAAGAUCAACUUCAUCGUGCCUCCACUAAAAAGACAGAAGGCGGAUCCACUACAUCUUUGACAUUAUGCGUUCAAAAGUUAAUAUUUAUUGAACUUUGGUAGUUUUUCACAUUUACAUAUAUGCACCAUGUGAAGAAUACUAGGUUCAUUUGAACACAUUAAACGAAAGCUGCAUGCGCUUCUGGAGGGGGAGAUCAAUAUCUUUAGGCCACCAUCUUUACCCACAGAUGAUGCCAGGGAGUAAAAAGUGCUUUACUAUGUUGCUGUACAUUAUCUGUAGUGUUGGACUUGGUAGUGUUCCCAAAUAGUUGGGAUGUACAGUGCUUUGGUAAUGCUUACUGCAUGUUUUUGAUAUGGAGGAAACCACAGUUUCCUUUAGUUUA